AAAAAAACUUCUCACGCCUCCUGUCAAAGCCAGCACCAAGACCUGCCCACUUCAAAAUGCCCACUGCAGAGGAGCAGGCGAAGGAGCAGGCCGAAGCUGCUAGGAAGGCCCAAGCCGAAAGGCAGACAGCGCGAGGACGCCGCGGCAGUCACCAGAGGGCUGAGCGACGAGACGACCAUAAAACAGUUAUCGUCAACUGGAGACGCCGCGAAGAAGAAGAGGGGGAAGUGAUAUGGGUGCUGAUAUUUAUCAUAAUGAGCUCUUUGUAUUUUUGAGGCGGGAAUUGGGUCGUAGUACCAGUUGAGGCAUAAAAUUGUCGUGGCAGUACAAAAUGCUAAAAUACAAGUACCUAGGCUGGCUAGGAAAGGAAUCUACCUCGGGUACCAACCUAGGUCUCGUGAUCUUCUCAUGUCACGUGUGAUAACAGCAGAUCCUAGUCGCCCUGAAGAAGCUUAUUGGCUAUCAGCUGAAUCUAAUCCCAAUACUUACUAGUGGUGGACGCUAUCGGCAACCAAGUAAUAGCUUACAGCCUCACAACAAUCCUCAGUCUGAUCAUUCCCUUUCAAAUUCUUCCUUUAAUCAUCGAAUGUUGAGCAUGAAUGGUGCUACUCCAGGAAUUGGACCGGUACCUUCCGGCCUAGGAGAUCCGGAGAAUGCGCCAGCAGACACCCCGGCAAAGGAAGCGUCGGCAUCCAAAGCACCCACCCUUCCACUCCUUCAUGGUAGAACAACACUAGCUGAGGCUCUUGACGAGGAGGAGAAUAUGCUCUUCCGAUUGGCAUAUCCCAGCCAACGUUUUGAUUUCUUUCUUUGGAUCUUACAACAUCGCAAAGACUUCGAGGCUAUCGUAUCGUACCAGCUAUCCCUGACCGCCAACGAGAUUUGUCGAUUUGGAGAAGUCGGAGAGUGGAAACACGGCAGUUUUAACGUUUGUAUACCGGUAUAUAUUGAUAACUGGAGCAAAUUUCCCAGGAGAAGAGUACUGCUUAGGGUGCCUCUGCCCUACAAAGUGGGGGAAUCAUCAUAUCCUGGAAACGCGAACGAGAAAGUACGCACCGAAGUUGCCACGUUUGUCUGGAUUGAGGACAAUUGCCCCGAUGUCCCAAUUCCUCGCUUAUGGGGUUUUGGCUUUCCAGGCGGUCAGAGUUUUAUGAGGCCUGAAAACGCACGUUUCGGUACUAGAAUGAUCUGGUAUCUUCGACGUGCCGUAUCACUGUUCUUAGGAUCUCCACUUCCUUGUCGGUAUAUAAGCUAUAGCCGUUCAAUCAUUCUCGAACAUGGAUAUCUGCUUAUGGACUACAUCGAAACAUUAGAUGCGGAGAUGCUUUCAGAGACUUGGACCGACCUUUCUCAAAGUCAAGACCUGAGGAUUAAUCUCUUUCGAGAUCUGUCACGCAUCAUCCUUUCGUUGAGUCAGGUGCCUCUGCCUCGCAUCGGGUCCUGGACAAUAGAUGAACGAGGUGUUUUAACGCUGACAAAUCGCCCAUUGAUUCAUCAAUUUCAGUCCCUGGAGAAUGAAGGUAUUCCGACUAAUAUAGCGAGGACUCUUACCUAUACGACGGCAGACACUUACUACAUGGACCUUCUGGCGUGUCAUGAUAAUCGCAUACGAAACCAACCCAACUCUAUCGUCGACGGAAAAGACGGUCGCGCGCAGAUGGCGAAUCUCUUCGCGAUGCGAGGGCUUCUUCCCCACUUCACGAACCGUGACCUCCGGCAUGGACCAUUUGUGUUCAAUCUCACCGACUUACAUGGAAGCAACAUCUUUGUUGACCGCGAUUGGCACAUCAAAUAUAUCAUCGAUCUCGAGUGGGCGUGCUCGCUUCCUAUAGAGAUGCUGGCUCCUCCGUAUUGGAUCACCAGUCGCGCGGUGGAUGAGCUCGAAGGCGACGAGCUUCAAACAUUCGAGAAGGCAUAUCAAGAUUUCACAGAUAUCUUUGAAGAGGAGGAGAAAACGUUCUCUCCCGCCCAUGGUAGUGCUACGUACCGCACAGAUAUCAUGAGGAGAGGUUGGAAGAUUGGGAAUUUCUGGUACUUCCACGCACUUAAAAGCCCUAAAGGGCUAUUCAACCUUUUCCGGCAACAUGUGCAGCCAAUAUUUGAGCCGAGAGGCGAUCAUUUCACGCCACAUAACGACGAAUUUGCACAGAUAGUGUCCCCCUACUGGGCUUCUGAUGCGCGAGAGACUGUCAUUGCAAAACUCGCCGACAAAGCGAAGUAUGAGAAACAGUUGCGAGAAUUGUUUGAGGACGGUGAGCCAGCCCAAUAACAAAUACUCGGUCUCGGUACGCGAUCAGAACGAUCGAAAUGAUUGUGGUGGAAUGAAUAUCGGCAGCUUCCAUCCUGGCUAGGAUUCAAUGUAAUUUGUAAUAAUAUAAUUUAGGUAGACAGGAUCCUUUUAGACAUUAUCAGACUUGUGCGGAAAUAUUUUGACCAGCUGGGCGGGCACUACAUCGCGCCGCUAAUCAUCCUGAAAUCAAGGCAAGCAAAUCACUUUACUGCCUUCGUUUUGCUUCCAUCGACGUCUAUGACAUGUCCCGCAUGAAGAAAUGCCUUCGUCGUGUUCUUUCCUUCUAUAUGGCUCAUUGGCAGCGCUGCUGCCAUCUAUCUCCUGCUAAUAAGUUAUACCUUCACACUCCCCGUGAUACUGCCCUUCAUCCUCGCCUUCAGCUUCACUCUUUACCCGCGCUAGGGUUUUAGCCAUCUGCUAUUCGACUUUGGGAUCACUUUGAAUACAGAAGCUUGAUCUUCCAGUGAAUUUUCAGUGCUGUAUUUAAAAG